AUGUACUGGCUGAAUGGCGUCCCUCGGGUGUACGCGGUCAAUGGGCCUAGCAUAUUCCUGACACCUACGAGUGACAAUGAGGUGUCCGGAGAUGAGCUGCGAGAAGACGAGCGCGUUCAGCAUGAGACCCGCGAGGCCUCGCGGGGCGGCCAGGAACCCAACACAGCAUGGGCGGAGGAAGUUAUUCAUGGCCUUUGCGUUUCAAGAAAUGGGCAUCUAUUUGCGACAAUGACAGAAUCUUCCAUCUCAAUCUGGCAAACAAAGCCUACGGUCGUCGUAGCCGCCGUCACUCGUUCCAAUACAUCCUUGAGUACAUACGGUCCAAACGUAUCGCUUCAACUUCACCCUGACUCAACAAUUCUCGUUGUGCAAACCCAGAAGGGAUACCUACUCACGUAUACGAUUGCGUCUGAUUCUAAUGCUCGAGUCUACCAGCAACAGUUCGAUCACUCCAACCCGCAUCGUCGCCAACAGCUUGCCCGUCAUUUUGGCAGCGAAGAAUUUAACGGAAUUAGAGAUGUUAGCAUUCGUUUCAGAAUGGCUAUCAAAGUAGAGUCCGGUAUUGUGAAGGCGCUGGCCUUGGACAACGAGCUUCUUGUGGCUACUCUCAAGCCCGCAGCCAUUCAAUGUAUUCGUUGGACUCCAGAUAAGAAUGGCACCCAGACGACUUCGGAGUUAUUGAGCCGAAUCCUAAGCACCCCUAAAAAGACUAUAGUAACUGAAAUGGUUUACGACCGAGCUAUGAGUCUUCUGAUAUGGGUCACUAGCGACGGGCACGCAUUCACUGUGCAAAGAAAGUCUGACACCCCGGAACCAGAACAAACCGCCAAACUGUUCAAGGGUCACUGCUUUCAUACUCCCGCAAAUGAUGAAAAUAAGGCCAUCAGAGCAGCCGUAAAUGCAAGGUUCUCUCUACUGGCUGUUAGUUGCACUAAUGGCGAGAUUCUAGUGUACACAGCAAAGGACUACGUAGGAAAUGUAGUUCUUUCAUACAGACUGCAGCCACCUGCCUCGACUACGGUCACCGGGGAUUUGACAUUCAUGAGUUAUUCGCCUGACGGCUAUUGCCUUUUUGCAGGCUAUGAAAACGGGUGGGCAGAUUGGAGUGUCUUCGGCAAGGCUGGAGGUAACAGCUUCACAGCCGACCGUUCUAUGGCUGAGAGUAACUCAGAAGAUUGGUUGACGGGAGUGUCUAUGGGAUGUUGGAUAGGUGGUGGCUCUGAUAUAAUACUGUCAGCCCAGAAAGACCGCCGAAUAUGGUUAUUAGAAACAGCGCGCAGUGCCUUGACAGGCUGUUAUUCGCCAGCCAAUCUGUCCAGAGCGCUCUUACAAACUGGGACCGAGAUCAUUCUGUAUCGAGGUCACGAUCUACCUGAUCUUAUGACCAUAUCUGGGAAAGACUCUUUAUGGCAUCAUGCUCAAUAUCCCCCAACAUAUCUCCACGCACAGUGGCCUAUCCGAGCUUGCGUUGUGUCCCAGGAUGGCCGAUAUGUGUCUAUCGCAGGACGAAGGGGUCUUGCGCAUUACAGUGUUACUAGUGGACGCUGGAAAACAUUUGAAGAUCCGAAAGCGGAAAAUUCAUUCGCAGUACGAGGUGGCAUGUGUUGGUAUGGCCAUAUUCUGAUCGCAGCUGUUGAGAGCAACGGUUCAUACGAGCUACGCUUGUACUCGCGAGAGCUAUCUCUAACAAACCACAACGUCCUGCACACUGAGUAUUUGCCCUCACCUGCUGUUUUCAUCGGGCCUUCUGGUGAGGAUUCACUUCUCGUCUACACUUAUGACAAUAUACUCUAUCAUUACGUCAUAAAUUCUACGUACGGCAGCGUCUCUCUAGUUCCUGUAGGACAGAUAGCAUUCCACGGAAUUGUGCGUGCUCCUACUAGGGUUCGUUCUAUUAGUUGGAUUCUGCCAGAAGAGCAGAUGCGAAACGGAGAUCCUUCACAGGAUGUUAAGGUGGCCUCGGUUCUGCUGCUUGUUGAUGGCAAUCUUGUUCUGUUGCAACCAUCCGUGUCCGACAGCGGAGAUCUGAAAUAUGACAUGCGUAUAGUUGCACAAGAUGUGGAAUACUACGUCUUGAUGCGAGACCAACUGUCUUUUAACUUUGCACCACCAGCAGAGGAAGCAGUUCCGACUAGCCCUUCAGCCGAAGUGGUUCUGAAAGCCGCUCAGAGUAAUUUAUCUCUCAGAGACUCUCUUUGGAUGUUCUGUGGCCGGGACCUUGUGGCUUGGAGUGAUAUUCAGGAGGUCUUGCGACGUGACGAUGUCCCAAAACCGCUUCCUGUUCCCGUGGACUUCUACCCCUUAUCGGUACUAUUGAACAAAGGUAUCAUACUUGGAGUAGAGUCUGAAAUGAUACAAAGACGAGACAUAACUUUUUCUAUUUUGAAAUACGCUAUUCGAACACAUUUAUUUCUCCCAUACUUCCUCCGGCAUAGUCUAGCGAAUGUUGACAUGCCUUCUGCUCUUUCAUUGUCUCACUACUAUUCUCAUCUAUCAUAUUUUCCGCAUGCCCUUGAAGUCCUCCUUCAUCACGUCCUUGACGACGCAGUAGACGGGGCCAGUCAAGGUGAAUCACAGAAUGAGCCUCGACAGCCACUGCUGCCGUCUGUUAUCUCAUUCCUGCAGGCAUCUCUCUCCGCCGAUAUCUACCUUGAUAUUGUAGUGCAAUGCACACGAAAAAAUGAAAUUCGUUCAUGGCGCACGCUGUUUGCGCAUCUUCCGCCACCAAAAGAUUUGUUUGAGCAAGCGCUGAAGCUCAAGUCACUUAAGACCGCAGCAGGCUAUUUGCUAAUUCUUCAGGCUCUUGAUGAGGAGGAGGACGAAGAAAGCAGCAAAACUAGAACAGAAGACUAUGCGGUGCGAUUACUUGGACUUGCAGCCCAGAAAAAUGACUGGGAUCUUUGUGCCGAACUUUCCAGGUUUCUUAUGGCGCUUGAUGGAUCUGGAGAAAUGCUACGUCGGACAAUCGAUCGAGUUGGCCUCCGGCGACAGAAGACCGGUAUUGCCAUAGAAGUCAACGGCCGAAACACGCGAGGGUUAGGCUUGAGUCUCCCCAUCCCCGCUGUGCCUUCAUCUCUUUCCCCAAGACGUACGCAACAUCGCCGUAGGAAAGGCAGUGAUAUGUCGUCAAUUACCAGUGAUGCGCUUUCUAAUCUGUCUCCAAUCACGUCCAAGACUGAUGACGAAGCCGAGGAAACUACCGCGUCUGUUUCAGAAGGUGGAAGCAGUGGACUAGAUGACUCGUAUCCAGUUUCUUAG